AUGCGCACUCUCACGCGCACUCUCACGCACUCUCUCACGCGCUCUCUCACGCGCUCUCUCACGCGCUCUCGCACACGCACACUCACGCGCUCUCGCACGCGCUCUCUCACGCGCUCUCUCACGCGCUCUCUCAAGCGCUCCCUCACGCGCUCUCUCACGCGCUCUCUCAAGCGCUCCCUCACGCGCUCUCGCACGCGCUCUCUCACGCGCUCUCUCACACGCUCUCUCAAGCACUCCCUCACGCGCACUCUCAUACACACUCUCACGCGCUUUCUCACGCGCUCUUUCACGCGCUCUCUCAAGCGCUCCCUCACGCGCUCCCUCACGCGCUCCCUCACGCAAUCUCUCACGCGCUCCCUCACGCGCUCUCUCAUGCGCUCUCUCACGCGCACUCUCACGCGCACACUCACGCCCUCACUCACGCGCGCUCUCACGCGCUCUCUCACGCGCUCUCUCACGCGCUCUCUCACGCGCUCUCUCACGCGCUCUCUCACGCGACCUCUCAUGCGCUCUCUCACGCGCCCUCUCACGCGCUCUCUCACGCGCUCUCUCACGCGCACUCUCGCGCUCUCGCACGCCCUCUCUCACACGCUCUCGCACGCGCUCUCUCACUCGCUCUCUCAAGCGCUCCUUCACUCGCUCCCUUACGCGCUCCCUCACGCGCUCUCUCAUGCGCUCUCUCACACGCUCUCUCAAGCGCUCCCUCACGCGCUCCCUCACGCACUCCCUCACGCAAUCUCUCACGCGCUCCCUCACGCGCUCUCUCACGCGCACUCUCACGCGCACACUCACGCCGUCACUCACGCGCACACUCACGCGCUCUCUCACGCGCUCUCUCAAGCGCUCCCUCACGCGCUCCCUCACGCGCUCCCUCACGCGCUCUCUCAUGCGCUCUCUCACGCGCUCUCUCACGCGCUCUCUCACGCGUUCGCUCCCGUGCACACGCUCUCCCUCUCGCUCCGUCUCUUCCCUUCUUCAAAUGAAAGCGACGGCGGGGAGGGAAGGAGAGGCGACGGCGGGGAGGAGGGAGAGGCGACGGCGGAGAGGAGGGAGAGGCGACGGCGGAGAGGAGGGAGAGGCGACGGCGGGGAGGAGGGAGAGGCGACGGCGGGGAGGAGGGAGAGGCGACGGCGGGGAGGAGGGAGAGGCGACCGCGGGGAGGAGGGAGAGGCGACCGCGGGGAGGAGGGAGAGGCGACCGCGGGGAGGAGGGAGAGGCGACCGCGGGGAGGAGGGAGAGGCGACGGCGGGGAGGAGGGAGAGGCGGCCGCGGGGAGGAGGGAGAGGCGACCGCGGGGAGGAGGGAGAGGCGACCGCGGGGAGGAGGGAGAGGCGACGGCGGGGAGGAGGGAGAGGCGACGGCGGGGAGGAGGGAGAGGCGACGGCGGGGAGGAGGGAGAGGCGACCGCGGGGAGGAGGGAGAGGCGACCGCGGCUGGGAGCGAGAGAGGGGCGAUGGCGGGAUGGGAGGGAGCGGCGACGACGGGGUGAGAGGGAGAGGCGACGGGGCGGAGUAA